AAUUUAGGAACGAAAGUAUUUUAGUGACCGGAAGUGCCAGCCGGUAUACACGUUAAACUGAAUUCAGAUAACAAAAUGCCAGAAACACGACAAAGGAAAGGUAAAGAGAAGAGAGCUCAAGUUGAGGAGACAGUCAGCAAUGGAAAUGGUGUGGACAAGGAAACAUCAAAGAAAAUCACAAAGUCUCGUAUCACUAGACUCAAAGACCAUCAGUCAAAGACUGGAACAAGAUAUAUACUAACUAUGUGUAAAUUUCUAGUAGCUGUCAUGGUCAUCCCACCUUUCCUAAACUAUGCAGCUCUUCAAAGGGAGGCUAGUAUGCUUCAGCCAGAUGGUGAAAUGUAUGAUAUAGGAUGGGGUCAGAGGCUUUUUAUGUCUUGUAAAGGAAAAGGAGCACCAACUGUUGUUUUAGAUGCUCCAACAGGCAUGAACUCUGAUGCUUGGUCUUUGGUGUUCGACAAAGUUGCCAAAUACACCAGGGUUUGCAUGUAUGACCGAGCUGGGCUAGGAUUCAGUGACAGACCUUAUAAGAACACAACAGAAGUGGACGGUUCUGACAGUAAUAGUAACUAUAGAAACAGAUGGUUUCCAUUUACUGCAGAAAGAAUGGUUGAAGAUUUACAUCAGCUUAUAUCUAGUAGCAGUGACCAACCAAAACCAUUCCUGUUAGUUGGAGCAGAACUCGGCGCUCUUGUUUCACAGUUCUAUACUCACAUGUUUGAAAGUGAAGUAGUGGGACUGAUAUUGAUCAACCCUCUAUCUGAGGAUCUAUUCCAACAAGAUAGAGGAAUCUGGCUUCAUAAUUGGUUUGGUCACAUGGUACCAUCAUUUCAAACAAUACAACUAGGUGCAGCACUGGGGAUAACUAGACUAUCUAUAAUGUUCGGAUAUCUACAACACCCGAUGAAUAUGGCGGCUGAAAUAUCAGAACAGAUCGUUCAAAGACAGAAAUAUUUGAUGUGCUAUCCAAGACACAUGAGUUCAGUUGUUGAUGAACAUUACUUUGUUAACGAGACAUUUUCACAGUUUAGGACGGCAAAGAUGAUCAGGAAAAUUCCAGAAAAUAUAACAGUGACAGUGAUAACUGGGAAUUAUUAUGAUGAACAGAUGCCUGGACCCUUAAAUAAGGCAUGGGCUAAAUCAGAACAGAAUUUGAUAUCGAAAACAUAUCCUCAUAGUCAACAUAUAGUAGUGAAUGGUGGCGACAGACAUUUAUUGUACCAAAAACCUGACGCCAUUGUUGAACCAAUUAGAAAAGCUGUUAAAUUAUGGAGAUCUAAAAAUAGUAACAAUAAAAUGAAUACGAAAGCUAGCUGAUGUCUGUGAUAAACAUGGGUGGAGGAAAACUUGUGCUCGGCUUGACAGUUUUAUAAAAUUUGUGACCAGAUUCAAGCUUUGGCAUUUGAUUGGUUGGAAUUGAAGCAAGAUAUGAAUUGACCAAUGAGGAAGUCCCGUUUUGUGACUGGUUUACAGUGUUAGUGGUAAAAUUCUGAAUCCUGAAGAUGAUAGCUUUUGAUUGGAUGUAUUAGAAAUAAGACACUAAAUUAGCCAAUGAAAUACAUGUUAUAAGUUUGAUAUCAGUCACUUGUAAGAGUGGUAAAGAUAUGAAUGAAAAAGGAAGGAGACAAAAAGGAAUAUCAAAUGUGAAAAUUGUGUCAAAAUAAGUUUUGUUAUCAUUUGUUGACUUUUUAUUAUAAAUUAAAGGUUAACCCUUACACAGCUAAAUUUAAAUAUUGGACUUUUCCAGCUUUCAAUUUAGAACUACUCAUUUUUUAUGAUAAGGGAUUACAAUAUCAAAUAGCUAACAUUUAGUAAUGAACAGAGUAGAGCCAUGAUAGCUGGCUUGCGGGACUGUAAACUUUUGGGAGUUGACUGGGAUACUAAUCCAUAUUCCAGGUCCGUAUUGGUCAGUUAUGAUCAUGGUAACAUGUAGGUUCUCGAAUGGUAAAUUGCUGAAUUGUGAGGUAAUAGAAUCAGUUUUAGUUCUUGAAGCUUAUAUCAAAGGUUCCUGGGUAAUUAAAUUGAAUAUUGUUAAUUAAAUUACUUUAAAUGAAGAAUAAAAAGGAUAAUUGUUAUCUAAUCAAAUAAUGAAUAAUAAUAAAAAAAUGAAUUUUAUGUCAAACUUUAAAAGAGAUUUGGAAAUGUUUGAUUAAUGUAUAUCUGUGUAUAUAUAUAUAUAUAUAUAUAUAUAUAUAUAUAUAUAUAUAUAUAUAUAUAUAUAUAUAUAUAUAUAUAUAUAUAUAUAUAUAUAUACUGUGUGUAUAUGUAAAUUGACGAUGAACGUCAGGAACAUUUAAGGUUCAAGCAUCAAUAUGAUGCUCAUCUUGAGGUAUGUUGAAGUACAUGUAUAUUGAGUCCAAGUAUGAAAGACUUUGGCAAGUUCAUAGUUGUCUGCAGAUAUCCUACAUUCACUGUAACACAGUCUGUCUAAUGGCUUUAAUUACUGUAACAGUCAGUCUGUCUUAGGACUUUAUUAACUGUCUCAUGGCUUUAAGUACUGUAACAUUGUCUAUCAUAUGGCAUUUAAUUACUGUAAUUAAAGCCGUUGGAUAUCUGCAGACAACUAUGAACUUGCCAGGGUCUUAAAUACUUGGACUCAAAAUGUAGGACACAACCCCACACGUCAAAACCCCACACCUCAAAAUUUUAUAGUGGACAAAACCCCACACCUGAAUUUUAUAGAGUGGACAAAACCCCACACCUUCAGUUUUAUAGAGUGGACAUAACCACACACCUU